UGCAUGGCUCAUGCACGUAUAUACAUUAGGUCUGUAGCUAUAGUUAGUCUCUCUGCGCGUGAAGCAAGCUUGGAAAACAGUCAACCUUAUCAGUUCUGUAUUCCUUAUUUCAAUGAUAAGCCCUAGUCCAAUUUUUCAUUUUACCUUUUAUCUUUACUGUCUUUUUUUAUUAUAAUAAUAACAGCCAUUAUUUUUAUUUUAAAUAUUUUCCCCUUCCCUUCUCUUUAUGUCACAUUAAUAAUUCAUCAAUAAAUACUCCAUACACUCUUACCAACUGCCUCUUCUUCCUUGUUCCAAAAUUUCUCUCUGAUCAGAAACAAUCUCUCUGUUCAACAAUGUCAUGUAAGGCAAGUAAGAGAGUGAGUUUCAGUCCUGAUGUCCAUGAAAAGCCAAUAUUUCAUAAAAAUGAAGGCGGAAUUAGAGUGACAGCAAACAGAAAGAGGGUUACCGGGAUUUUCAGCUUUAGGCUACACAGAAGCUCAAAAUUUUCACCGGCAAGACUACUCAGGCGACUCGGUGCUAAGGUAGUGAGAGCUGUUCGUUUCAUCUCCAUAAGAAGGAAAUCUUCGCGGAAAGUUUCAUCAGCUAGCUUAGCAAGAUCAAGAUCGCUUGCAGAUGCAAUAGAUUCACAAAGAGCUGAAGCUAUAGAAGAUUGUAUUGAGUUCUUGAAUUCUUCCUCCUCUUUACAGAGGUCAAAUUCAGUUUCUGCAAAUUCUUGUUAGAAAUUUCAAAAUCAUGGAUAAUAGAGUAGUAAUAUGUAAAUGAAAGGAAACAAAAUGUCCAUGAUUCAUUGUCAUAACAAGUUUAUGAUUAUGCAAAUCACAACAAUAUAUCAAGAGGAAAUCAUCACUUCACAAUACAGGUAUAUACAGGUUAAAGCUGUAAGUUGAAAGGACAGUAAUUUUCAUUCAAUGUAGCAUCACAUUCUUGUGAAAGUCUAA